AUGAUCAAAGAAACAACAUCGCUCUGGGUCUUACCCAUCAUCCCCCUCAUCGUUGCUUCAGCCACUGGAGGCAACAUGUCGCAAGCACUCCUUGACCGGUCCAGCCUUACUCUCGCGACGAUUACGACCGGAUUCUCGCUCGUUUCGUUCGGCAUUGGCAUGAGCUUAACGCUUAUGAUCAUCACGCUCUUCCUCACUCGAUUGAUCCUCCACGGACCACCCAAACCGCAAAUCGUCAUCUCUGGAUUUAUUAUCACCAGCCCCCUGGGCACUGGUGGGUAUGCACUGUUAUUGAACGGGAGGACGCUCUCCGCUGUAUUCCCUGGGACUUACCUGAAUGGUAUGUUCCCAAGGAUAGAACUCGCAGGGCAAAUAGUAUUCGCUGUUUGCUUCUGCGCGUCCUUCUUGCUUUGGUCGAUGGGGACGUGUUGGAUUCUUAUAUCGAUAUUCACGAUUAUUGUCGUUGUCCGCAGCGAUGGAGAAAUCCCAUUUACGCUCACCUACUGGGGUUCGGUGUUCCCCAAUGGUGUGUAUGCGCUGUGUACGGUACAGUUGGGAGAAGUGAUGGGGAGUCCGUUUUUCAACUAUCUUGGGGUGAUUUGGUCGUGCAUCGUACUCCUGCUUUGGGUACUCUCGCUCGCCCCGACUGUUAUUCACACCUGGGACACUUCUAUCUUCCCCGAAUCGACUCCCGACCAGAUGAACCCAUUCAAGUGGAAGGAUGGGAGACAUAGGACGAACAGCCACGCUGUUGAGGGCACUGUCUGA